AUGGGAAUGGGAAUCGGAAUCACCAAUUCCGAUGUGAAGUGGAUUGUUUUCCAUGGGAAAGAUGUUUCUGAUGACAACAAAAUGUUGCUUUCACAAGCGGUUGAUAUCUUUCAUCAGAAACACUUCACAUCUAUUGUUGAUUCUAUUACUGCAAGUGAUUUUAUUCCAUCAAUGGCUUAUGGGCGGACAAUAGGUGAUUCCGACUUCAAAGUUCAAUGUGCUAUGCUGACAAUAGAGACAAAAGUUGUUACAGCUUGAAUGUUUCGUGUAUAUUGUGGAAGAUGUUGCAGAGCAUGCAAUAGUGAUACCAACCAAGGGAUGGUUAAGAAGAUGGUGGUUCCAACCGUUGAGGAUGUUAAAUCCAUGUGGAUUUAGAAAUUUGGUUUUGAAAAAGUAAACCCUAACUUAGAGUGAAUACAAAAAAACAUUAAAAUCAAUGGUGGAAAUGUAUGGAACAUCUUUGUUAGAAAAAGGAGGUGGUGGGGCCUCAAGGCGGAGUAAUGUUUCAAGAUGGUUUUGGUUUUAAUCUUUCUAUGGAGAAUAAAGUAUGCAAUGAAUGAAUGAAUAAUGAAUACCGUUUUGGUGGAUUUAUAUUUGUUGGUUUUAAAAUAUUUAUUUGGUGUAUGUU